AAAACUUGCAUUCGCGGACGGUUUCCGAACGGCAAUCUUCGGUGUUCGGUUCUAUACGCGUCCGCUCUCUUGGAAAUGAUCGUAAACACGAAAAAAGUCUCUCAAAGUUGAAAGUUUGACUAGUUUUUGCAGUUUUUUGAGUCAGCAUAAAAUGUGAUAUGAAAAUUUAGUGUAAUUAUGGAAGAUCUAGCGUGCUAUUACUCAGUUUUUGUGUAAAAUCCGGCUGAUCUACAGGUGUCAUUGUCAUCUAAAACUUUUAACGAAGUUUCUGAAGUGAUUGUUGUAAGAAAUAACGAGUUUAGUGAUCUACAAGUUUGUUUUCGAACGAUGAAUUUUAGUUUUGAGGUAUCUUGAAUAGUUUUUGUGAAGUUUUAAAACUGUUAUAGAAGAAUGUGUAGCAUGGGAGUCAAGCAGCGGAAGUGUCACGUUAAGGCUCUCAAAUGGUGUUUCUUCUUUCUACUGUUGCCGUUAACAAUAGCAGAGAAUCAACUGCAAGCACCCAGAUUCACGACCUCUUCUUUGAGCGGUAGCAUCAUUAGGCUAGGAACAACAAAAAUUGUGCAAUGUCAAGCAUUCGGUAACCCACCGCCACAAUUCCGAUGGAUGAAGGACGGCGUUUUCAUAACGGAACUAUCGACGGAUCCUUUUCACAAGAUUUUCUCCGCCAAACUCGAGGAUGGCGGCAGCUACAGGUGUAUAGCCGCCAACAAAAUCGGUUCGAUACUUAGCGAAGAGAUCAAAAUUAUCGUAGCGUAUAUGGGCAUUUUCGAAGAUCAAAGCGAGCGGUCGAUAACGGUUAAAGAAGGAAACGCCGCCAUUUUGGAUUUGCCGGAAAUCGACUCAACACCUCCACCGGAAGUUACGUGGCAAACGGACGAAGGAAUUACUCCUUAUGGACAAAAAUACGCUUAUUCGAACAACAAACAGUUGAUUAUUUUAUCGACAGAGCCCGCAGAUCAAAAAGCAUACAGGGCACGUGCAAUAAAUUCCCAAGAGGGCAAAGAAGAAAACAGCGCCUACAUAAGACUGACAGUCGAAGAAACGCACGAUACCAAAGAAAUCGCUCCCGAGAUCAUCGUAGGCCCUCGGGACUUAAAAAUCGUCAAAGGUACCCCCCAAUCAUCCAUCGACUGCAUAGCUAACGCCAGACCUCUCUACGAACUCGAAACGCUGUGGUCGAAAGAUGGUAUUCCCAUCGAGAGUACCGGUAUCCUCCACUCUUUCAACGACAUCUGGAAUCGAACUUUGAUACUAACCUCAGUGAACACCACCUACUCCGGCCAGUACGAGUGUCAAGUUAACCUGAGGUCGGGGGGAUUCCCCACUGCUGUUGCGUCGGCGCAAAUUGAGGUGCUAGAGAAACCGAGAUUUCUGAAUGUUGCCAAGCCGGAAACACUGGGUGAAUAUGCAUCGUCGCUCAGUUUGCCGUGUGACGUUUUGGGGAUUCCCAAGCCGAACGUCACUUGGUACAGAAAUUCUGAAGAACUUGACCUAAGUGACAAAAGAUAUGAAGUACAGGAAGACAAUUCGUUAUUGAUCAAGAAACUCUUGAUCAGCGACAACGGAAUGUACCAAUGUUUUGCCAGAAACGAAGCGGGGGAGAGCUCUUUGUCGAGCUGGCUCAAAGUUAAAACAUCCCAACCAAUUAUGGAGUUCGGUCCUACCAACAUGACUGUGCUUGAUGGAAAAGACGCUACCUUGACUUGUAGAGCUGUUGGAGCACCUAUUCCAAACACCACGUGGGUGCAUAAUGGUGAAAAAGAAGUGGCGACGUCCAGCAGAGUGCAGAUCUUGGACACGGGGGAUCUGCUCAUCGCCGCUGUCAAGGAGAUCGAUGCUGGCCAGUACACGUGUAUUAGAAGCAACGAGGCUGGAGAAGUCAGAGGAUCUGCCUAUCUGCAGGUUUUGGUUCGGACACAAAUUGUCCAACCACCAGUUGAUACCAGAGUACUUUUGGGACAAACUGCUACCUUGCAGUGCAAAAUAUCUUCGGAUCCGACUGUUCCAUAUCAGUUAGAUUGGUUUCGUGAUAAACAAUUAAUAAGCCCUCGAGGAUCCCAAAGAAUCAGGAUACUCAGUGACGGAACGUUAGAAAUCGAAGCUGUCAGGGCAUCUGAUGUAGGCUUCUACACCUGCUCAGUCCUCUCCCCUGGUGGCAACGAAACAAGAUCAGCAAAAUUGUCAGUCAUCGAGCUACCCUUCUCCCCAUCGAGUGUUAAAGCCGAAAGAGUAGAUAACGGAUCACAAAGAGCGGUAAACGUAAGUUGGACACCAGGUUUUGACGGCAAUAGCCCAAUAAAGAAGUAUAUUGUGCAAAAAAGAGAGAUACCAGAGCUCGGACCGAUUCCAGAUCCGCUGCUCAACUGGGUAACGGAGCUCAGUAACGUCUCAGCCGCUCAGAAAUGGGUGCUGUUGACGAAUCUCAAGGCUGCUGCAGUGUACCAGUUCAGGGUCAGCGCUGUUAACAGCGUUGGGGAAGGGCCGCCGUCUGAUCCCAGUAACCAGGUUAUGUUGCCGCAAGAAGCUCCUUCCGGUCCGCCCGUCGGCUUCGUGGGGUCGGCCAGGAGCUCUUCGGAGAUAAUAACCCAGUGGCAGCCGCCGUUGGAAGAACACCGCAACGGGCAAAUUCUUGGAUAUAUCAUACGGUAUAGGCUGUACGGGUACAAGGAAAGUCCUUGGACUAUCAGGAAUAUUACGAACGAGGCCCAGCGAAACUAUCUCAUAACUGAUUUAAUAACCUGGAAAGACUACGUAGUACAAAUCGCAGCUUACAACAACAAAGGAGUUGGAGUGUUCACAGACGGAGCCAAAAUCAAAACCAAAGAAGGAGUACCUGAAGCGCCCCCUAUAAUAAAGAAAGUCAAACCUUUGAAUUCGACGUCUAUACAAAUAUGGUGGACACCUCCGGAUCCACAAAAGAUCAACGGCAUAAACCAGGGCUACAAAAUCCAGUCGUGGCAAUGGCAUCCAACGAGAGGCAACAUCGAAACAAACAUGAUGACUGUACAUCCGAAUCUUCUAGAUCCUUAUGCCGAACAGACAGCUGUGAUGACUCACCUCGAAAAGUUCAAAGCUUACAAUAUCACUGUGCUUUGUUUCACUGAUCCUGGUGAUGGACAGAUGAGCGAGAUGCAUCACGUAAAAACCAAAGAGGACGUUCCAAAUGAAGUUUCCAACUUACAAUUCGACGAGAUCAGCGACAGAGCCGUCAAAGUGCUGUGGAAACCCCCUAAAAAGAUCAACGGCAUUCUAAAAGGUUACCAGCUAACAUACCAAAUAAAAGACGAACCUAGCACAAUUCGUGUCAAAAAUUUGACAGCUGACACUUUGAGCAUAAAGGUCAAUGACCUCCAAGCGACUACACAUUAUCGUUUCGAAGUAACCGCUUGGACGGCCGUUGGACCAGGUCCAUCUAAGAUAGCGAUCAUUCAGUCUGGUGUGGAGCCUGUGCUGCCUCAUCCACCUUCCAAGCUAGCUUUGUCCAACAUCGAAGCAUUUUCUGUAGUUUUACAGUUUACUCCAGGUUUCGAUGGGAAUUCUUCAAUCACGAAAUGGACCGUAGAAGCCCAAACUUCAAGGAAUACUUCUUGGUUUGUUGUCUACGAAAUUUCUGAUCCGGAUGCUACUACCAUCGCUGUAACUGGUCUUGUACCUUUUACAGUUUAUAAAUUAAGACUGAUCGCUAAUAAUGUUGUCGGUGCUUCCGUACCAAGUGAGUCUACUAAGGAAUUUCAAACUAUUCAGGCUCCACCAGCAUUUCCUCCGAGGAAUGUCACAGUUAGAGCUAUGAGUGCCACAGAAUUGAGAGUUCGAUGGAUCCCUCUACAGCAAAUAGAAUGGUUUGGAAAUCCAAGAGGUUACAACAUUACAUAUACAGAAAUCCGUACUGGAUUUGCUCACAGUUCCAACAUCGAAGACCAUACAGCAAAUUCACAUGUAAUUAUCGGAUUGGAGGAGUAUGCUUUGUAUGAAGUGAAGAUGCAAGCUUGCAAUGACGUAGGGUGUUCACCAUCAGGACCUACAGCUCUUGAGAGAACCAGGGAAGAUGUUCCUUCUUUUGGUCCCAUGAACGUAGAAGCUAAUGCGACAUCUUCAACAACCAUAGUGGUAAGAUGGGGUGACGUUCCGAAGGAACACCAAAAUGGUCUUAUAGAAGGUUUCAAAGUGUUUUAUGCUGCCGAAAAUAAGGCUCCAGUACAUCACAAACAAAUAGCGAGCAAUUCGACGUUCACUACCACAUUGACCGAACUGAAGAAAUUUGUGGUAUAUCACAUUCAAGUUCUAGGGUACACGAGGUUGGGAGAUGGUGAGCCCAGUGCACCUGCAGUUCGAGUCAGAACAUACGAAGAUGUUCCGGGAGCUCCAUCGAACGUUUCGUUCCCAGACGUAUCGUUGAGUUCAGCCCGUAUAAUUUGGGACGUUCCAGAAGAACCGAACGGCGAAAUUUUAGCCUACAAAGUAACCUACCAUCUGGACAACGUAAAAACGAACAAUAAGUUCUCGAAGGAGUUUCCACCUUCCGAAAGAACUUUUAGGUUUACUCAGUUAGAGCCGGAGAAGUACUACUUGUUUUCGGUGACAGCCCAAACUAGACUAGGAUGGGGAAAGACGGCGCAUGCGUCGGUUUAUACGACGAAUAACCGAGAUAUACCGCAACCGCCUUCUAUGCCACAGAUCAGUAAGAGCCAGAUCCAAAGCCAUCAUAUCACUUUCAGUUGGACAUCAGGUCGGGACGGUUUUGGUCCUCUCCGAUACUACACCGUCCAGAAGAUGGAGAAUUUAGGCCCAUGGCAAUCUUUACCUGAAAGAGUCGAUCCUCAACUUAAUUCAUAUACAGUUUCUGGUUUAAAACCGUUUACAUUGUAUCGGUUUCGAAUAAGAGCAACGAACGACAUCGGACCGAGUCAGUUCAGUCCAGAAUCGAUAGAAGUCCGUACCUAUCCAGCGGCUCCAAGCAAAGGAGUUAGUGGUUUAAAGGUCAUUCCCAUCACCACCACUAGCGUCGAGGUAUUCUGGGAAGCCAUCGAUGAGCAAUAUUGGUGUGGAGAUAGUAAAAGCGGCGGGUACCGAGUGGUAUUUCAACCUGUCUCCGAUUUUCCAACUGCUCUUCAGGCAACGCCUAAAGAAGAAGUUAUGGGUAUCAAUGCUAACAAAAUGGUCCUCACGGAACUUCUUCAAGACAGAAACUAUGAGAUAGUCGUGAUUCCAUUUAACGCACAAGGGGAAGGUCCUAUCAGUCCGCCGGUGACUGUGUAUGUGGGCGAAGCGGUACCAACUGGGGAACCACGAGGUCUUCAAGGCGAACCGGUAUCUUCUACUGAAGUUAGACUGAGGUGGAAACCACCACAACACCAGAUGCAGAAUGGGGAACUUCUAGGUUAUAAAAUAUUUUAUUUGGUUCUAAACUCUCCGCAAAAAUUGGACGAAGGCAAAAAAUGGGAAGAAGAAAUAGAAGUAGUGCCUGCAUCGACUACCACUCACAGCUUGGUGUUCCUCGACAAAUAUACCGAAUAUAAAAUUCAAGUAUUGGCGUUUAAUCCAGCCGGCGACGGACCCAGAUCUCAGCCGGUGCGAGUAAAAACGCUGCAAGAUUUGCCCAGUGCACCGACGAAUUUGACUUUCUUCGAAAUUACCAUGAACAGUUUGACCGUCUCGUGGGACCCACCCAGGAAGAGGAAUGGUGAUAUCGUUAGUUAUAUCGUUACGUAUGAAACGGCAGAAGAAAAUGAACGUUAUAGCAAGCAGGUGAAGCAAAAAGUAACGACGACCUAUCUCCAAGUUCCUAGCUUGGAGGAAGAAGUGACAUACACUUUUAAAGUGAAAGCACAGACUAUAGAUUACGGCCCUCCUAUUGCUAUUAACGUCACAACCGGACCACAAGAAGGUUCACCAAGUACACCGAAGGAACUUAGCCUGGUAAAAACGUUAACUAGUAUCGAGUUGAGGUGGUUCAAUGGAGCCACAGGCAAGGGGCCUAUAUUAGGGUACUACAUUGAAUCCAGGAAAAAAGACGACAUCAGGUGGCAAACAGUAGCAAAAACUACUAAUGGUCCUCUACAAGAGUUCACCGUACUCUACCAGAGCCUGUUACCUUCGACUUUGUACAAAUUUAGAGUAACCCCCUACAACAAAUUCGGAAUAAGCUACCCCGCAUAUUCCGACGAAUCAGUCCUGACUCCUUCGAAGCUCUAUAUGGAGUAUGGACUUCUGCAACUCACUCCGUUCUACAGACAGACCUGGUUCAUGGUCGCUUUGGCAGCUAUGUCCAUUAUCAUAAUUAUCAUGAUCAUAGCUAUAUUGUGUGUGAAAAGCAAAAGUUAUAAGUACAAACAAGAAGCUCAAAAAACCCUAGAAGAAUCCAUGGCGAUGUCGGUCGGCGAUCACCAGGACCUGGCGUUGGACUACUACCGUUCCCGCAACGGUAACGCCAGCACCAACAGCCUCUCCAAUCUCAACAAGAAGGGAACGUUGUCUCGGAAGCCCCCUUCUCACCAGCCGCCUCCGGUGGUAGGUAAAUCUCCUCCGAGGCCGUCUCCGGCCUCCGUGCCCUACAACUCUGACGAGGAGAGUUUAAAGGGCUACGACGAGAACCCGGACGAUAGUAGCGUCACCGAGAAACCUUCCGAAAUGAGUUCCUCCGAUUCUCAAGGUUCAGAGAGUGAGAACGAGAGCGUUCGAUCAGACCCCCACUCUUUCGUCAACCACUACGCCAACGUCAACGACACCUUACGACAAUCGUGGAAACGACAGAAACCCGUUCGGAACUAUUCGAGUUACACCGACUCGGAGCCCGAAGGCAGUGCCGUCGUCAGUCUGAACGGGGGCCAAAUCAUCAUGAACAACAUGGCGCGGUCGAGAGCGCCUCUGCCGGGUUUCUCGUCGUUUGUAUAAUAUAAGGAAUUUAUUAAGAGUAAAAGCGUGUGUCAUAAUAAAGCGGUAGAUGAAAAUUUGAUGAUAUUUUUGUAUAAUUUGGAAACGACGACACGCUUGUAGGAUUUUGACGUGAUAGGAAUGUUUUGUCGAUUCUAUUUAAGAUAGAAUCAAAACGUUUACUUAUUCUUAGUAGUAUUCUUAAUUUUUAUUUGUAGACCAGGGCAUUUAGCACUAAAAACGCCCAAAUAAAUCGAUUUUUAAAUACAGCUCAUAGAGACUUGCAACUUUUUGCAGUGUGUUCAGAAUGAUGUCAGGAAAAAAGUAUACUGUAGAAAAAUGGGCGGAAAUGCAUAAUUGAAUGGGUGAUUGGAAAAAGGAUAACAUUCCUGACAACCAUAUUUUUAGAAAAUUAAAAAGACAACUGUUUUGCUUUGAAGCCGCUAGAAGGCUGCCGGCGAUUUUAUCGUUUUUGCGCUCAGCUGAUAUCAGAUACAAAUAUUCAUAUAAUGGCUAUCUCAUUUGACCAAGUUAGAUAGCCAUUCUAUGAAUAUUUGUAUCUUACUGUAAUUCGUAAUUUUUUUGGAAUGUUAUCCUUUUUAAAAUCACCCAUUCAAUUGCAUUUUAAAAUGCAUUCAAAAGUGUAUAAACCUAUCAAAAUAAACAUAUUAAGGACCAAAUUUUGUUACUCGGGAUGUUUUUGAGAUCGCUAAACAUGACUACGCCAUCAGAACCGACCCACGGAGCACCUGGUGCCAAGAGUCACUGCAAAGGCACGUCAUCUGGAGAUUCGAGGGUUUUCGGCACUAACUUGAUGCAAACAGAUUACUUGGAGGUUCUUGGAGUCGCUGAACACGAAUACGCCAUUCGAACCGACCUCCGGAACACCUGGUGUUGUGUCACUGCUAAGACACGUCAUCAUCUGGAGUUUCGAGGGUUUUCGGUGUUAAAUUGAUGCAAACAGAUUUCUCGGUAAGGUUUUAGGGUUGCUGAAAACGAAUAUGCCAUCAGAACGACAACCUGAGCUCCUGGUGUCUAGGGGCACGUUAUCUUCUGGAGUUUCGAGUACUUUCGGCACUAAAUUGAUGUAAACAGACUACACGGAGGUUUUGGGAUGGCUGAAUACGAAUACACCAUCAGAACCGACUCCCGGAGCAUCUGGUGACCACGGUUAUGGAUAAGGAACGUCAUCUUUUGGAGUUUCCAAAGGUUUUUAGCACUGAAUUCAUGCAACUCGAUUACCAGGCGGUUUUUGGGUCGUUGAAUACGAAUACGUCAUCAGAACUAAUCCACUGACCACCUGGUGCCCAAGGUCACUGCUAAGGCAUGUUAUCUCCUGGAAUUUGGAGGGUUUUUGGGUGCCAGGUGCACCAGGAGUUGGAUCUGAAGGCGUAUUCUUGUUUAGCAACCCCAAAAACCUCCGAGUAAUCUGUCUGCAUCAAUUUUUCUGUCGAACCUGGGCACUAGGUGAUUCUGUGGUCGGUUCUGAUGGCGUAUUCGUCUUCAGCGGCCCAAAAAAUUCCGAGUAACAAAAUCUGACCCUUGAUACCCUUGCUUUGACCCGUUUAUGCACUUUUGGAUACUUUUUGUGCGCUUUAAAAUGCAAUUAUGUAUUUCCACCCAUUUUUGAAGUUAUUCUUCUUUAGGCGCGAUUGAGAGUACAAUUUCAUAAAUUGCGCGCAUGCGCACACAGACAGUAUGUAGUUCCUUGCUAAUCUUUCAAGGUAGGUAGGUAUGUAUGUAUCUGUAUCAGCGCAAAUAAGUCAUUAAAAGAAUAUAUUAGUCUUUUUAGUAAAUGUAUUAUUAAUUUAUUAUAAUUUUUGGAUUUGUCUUUCUCUGUAGUAAGAUAAUAAAAUAUUAUGUACCUAGGUAUAACAUUUUUAUACGUCUAUUUGUCACCGUGCUGUGUAUUUAUAUCCGAAACAUACGUGUCAGUUAAAAGAAGCUCCGUGGUGUAGUUGGUAGAGCGUUGGGUCAGAGAUUGGAAGGUCGCGGGUUCCAAUCCUGGACGAUUCAUAUAUUUUUUUAAUUUUUGGUUGUUUUAAUAAAAAUUUUUUGAAAGUGGUAGAUAAGAAAGUUUGUUUAAUAUUUAAAUAAAAUACAAAUAACCUGUUAAGUAUAUUUACUUCGUUGAAAUUAUAUAAUAGAAGAAUAACUUCUUACGUGCGUACAAAGUACACACACAUUCUUUUUUUCUAUAGUAGACUUAUUUAUGACAUCAUGCUGAAUACAAUGCAAACAGUUGCAAGUCUCUAGGUGCUGUAUUUAAAAACCGAUUUAUCUUGUGCUAAAUUCCAUGAUCUAUUGAUAAAUCUAAAUACUUUGUUGUCUAGACUUUAGUUUCAAAAACGUUUUUGUUGAUUUAAAAAGAAUUUCAUUAGUGUUUUUAUUACCUAUUGAAGGUAUAUUUAAGUAUAUACAUAAUAUGUAUUUACUUUUAUUUUGUAAUAUACAAUGAAUCAAAAGUAAUUUUAAAUAACGACUGACUGACUCUGUGGUUCAAAAUAUGUAAGCGUGUCGUGGUAAGUAGUAAGUUUGUACGAUUUGGUACAUUUUGACAUCUAUGCUUAUAGAUAUAUGAAUACGUAUUAAAUUUUUUUUUAUUUUACAAUAUUUUGUGGGUUGUCUAGGUCUGUAUGUCACGUGUCAAUGGAAAACCUACGUGGAAGAAGGAGGUAUGUGACAUUCUCUAAAAUUUUGAGUUUCCUAGUGAAUGAACGUGAUAGAUGGCUUCUCCAUCAUAUGAAACUUACACUGUACCUCUAAAAAGCUUUUUAGAGGUACAGGGUAAGUUUCAUAUGAUGGAGAAGUCACAUAUCACCUUCAUUCACUAGGCAACUCAAAAUUUUAGAUAAUGUCACAUACUUCCUUCUGCCACUUAGGUCUUCAAUUGUUUUCCCAUCGUUUCGGCCGGUUAUCGUUUCAGGUCAGUUGUGACUUGGUUCAUUUUAAUGGAGUCGCCAAUGUGUAGGGAAGUUAUCAACACAUGUGUGACCUAUUUAUCCAGGUGGAUAAGUAUGAUGUUGAAACUAGAUUGAUAUAUCAUAUUAGGUAGAAUUUUUGACGGGUUUUUUUAAAUUUUCAUUGUUUAUUAAUAUGAAUGGAGAAGCCUAUCUCAUUAUUCUCUCCUCAAAGAUAUAUAUUGGUGUCUUCAAUCUCCUUGCGUAUUUGGACUAUUUAAGCGUUUGUUCUUUCAUACAUUUUCAAUUUUUCCAGCAAUUAUACAUUUCUAGAUCACAUUUUAUACUGGUCUAGAAGGCCGUAGAGCUUCCUAAGUGUUCUUUAAUUGUUCUGGUGUUAAUCAGUUGAGCUUCUGUUUAUACUUUCCACAUUAAAUUGAGGUUGUAGCAUUUAUUUUGUCUAAAUUACGUUUUAUCUCUAUUAGCUUUCGUUAUGUUGUGUUAAAAAGAACAUAAAGUAUAUAUCUAAAUAGACAGUAUAUUUCUUUUCUGCCUGGAUGUCAGUAUGUACAAAUAGUAUAGACAAACAAUAUCUUUAGUAUCUUCUUACAAUGUGAUCUACUUAUUUAGUUUUUUUUUAGGUUUUAAAUAUGCGGUACUAGUGUAUAUAGGUAUGAGUGAAAAGAACACCGUUGAGUAGAAUGAGGUUAACAAAUACGAUUGCUAGAAUUUUCUGGGGUUUUUGUUUAUAUAUCUUUUAUAUUAUACAUAUUUUGAUAUAUUUACAUUUGCUUUUAUUUUAUUGCAUAUUGUCGCAGCGCUUUUAUAUCUGAAUAAGAUCUCAAUUCCAAUUGAAUUUUUUUGAUUUCAGUUAAAUUAAUUAAUUAAAACUUGAAUCAGAACUUUAUAGAGAUUUUGCACAUAGUUCUCUCUAGUACUACAAAAAAACUCGGUUAUUUAGACUGAAUUUGUGCUGAUAGCACCUACACAUUUCUCCGUUUAUAAAGAAUUGACAUAUACAUUACUUACUUCUUCUGUGAAGUACUACUUUUAACUAAUAGUUGAUAGUGGCAUCUACACAGGUUUCUUCGUGCAAACAACUGACAGAUACAGUACUUAUUUCUUGCGUUAAUUAGUACUUUUAGGAUCUCACAUCGACAGUUCUUAGACCCGAUGCAUUUUGUUAUUAAAAACUUGUGUAUUUCUCUCUACAAAAGCUGACACGUACAAUAUGUUUGUCUUCAGUCUGGUACUACUUUUACCAUUUUAUAUUAGCAUUCGCCAGGCACUCUUCAUUUUGGAACUAAGAUCUCUGUUAUUUACACUGAAUUUGUGCUGCUAUCACCUACAUAAUUCUCAUUAUCCAAAGAACUGACAGAUGCAGUACUUAUGAUAUCAUAGGGAUAGUCCCGAGAGACAAUCGAUGUUGGGACUAAAAACCUAUGUCUUUCUACACAGAACUUUGUUUUUAGUCCUGUACUACUUUUAGACUGCAUUUGCUCUAUGCAUUAUCAUAUACAGUUCGUAAAUCUUUCAGCUGGGCAUAGGUAAUAUACAUUGAGGCAAUUGUGGCAACUGCGCUAACCUGCGUUAGUUGGAGCUUCUGUUCGAGUACGAGUUUCUGGUGCAAAAGAGCUGUUAUAACGCAUAUAAUGAGUGAGUUUGGAAGCAAGGCCUCUAUAAAUAAAUCAAAUAUAAAGAUUAUGAUUAAUGAGUUAACAAUAAUUCUACUUUAAUUUUUAAAAUAUUUUUUAUUUAAAAACUAAUUUCAAAAUUAAACAGACAGUUUCCCCAUUGCCUCAGGCUAAUAAUAUUCAGCUACAUACAACAUACUACAUUGUCAUGUGUUGACGUUUAUUUGUGUCAACCAAAAUGAAUAUGUAAUUGUCAUUGAGAGAGCGCAGUUGCCACAAUUAACUCAAUCCCAGGCAACCAAAUAACGUUUAUAAAACGUUGAAAAAACGUCAUAAUUAUCACCAAACGACGUCAGUUUAUCACGUUUUUUCGACGUCGAAGAUCACGUGAAUAUGUCCCACCAUAAGCCACGUCAUUUUUAUCACGUUUUAAAUACGUCAUAUAAAAAACGUAGUUUUUACGUCGAUUUUGCGUCGUUUUUUAGAUUUAAUUUUCAUUUUAUGGUUUUAGAAAUACACAAUAAUUGAAUGGGUCCACUACAUGGUUUGUUUUUGAGAAGUCAAAGAAAAAGUUUUAUAUUGUGAUAAUGGUGAGUUUAUACAUUUUAAAGGUGAGUAAUACAGUAUGUAUUUAAAAACUGUAUUACUACCCUUAAAAUGUAUAAACUCACCAUCAUCACAAUAUUAAAACUUUUUCUUUGACUUCUCAAAAACAAACCAUGUGGCGUUUACAACGUUAUUCGGCAGGCCCAUUCAAUUAUUCGUAUGGGCAUUGUUAGUAUUGCAAUUUUUCCAUUUAAGUAAAACCAAAUGGAAGGCUUGUUAAAAUGCAUAGAAUUACAAUAUCCUCAAUGCAACAUAAUAUAACAUACAUAGGAUAUUCACUUUUUAUAUUAUAAGUAUUUACUGUGUCAAAAGUGAAACAACAUAUAAACUAAUAAAUCAUUUAUUAACAAAUUAAACAUUUAAGUCACAAUGUAAUAACAAACUUAAGUUUAAACCAUUUAAGUUAUAUAAUAUAUAUAAUUAUUAUAAUUAUACCACACACUUUAAAGGUACGAUUCCGACAACGACUGCAGAUGGCAGUUACAGUUGUCACCAUGA